GUUGUGGUGACUUGUCUGCUAGAGUUGGGUGCCCGCUCCUCAAUCAAUAUGUUCGAGGGCGCGGUGGCGGGGAUCCUGAACCGCGUGCUGGGGAAGUACGUGCAGGACCUCGACACGGAGAACCUCAACGUGGGCAUCUUCUCCGGGAAUGUCAACCUCACCGAUCUCAAGCUCAAGCCAGAAGCACUGUAUGAGCUUGACCUACCAAUCGAUGUCAAGAUCGGCACUAUCGGCCGCGUCAACCUCCAGAUCCCGUGGUCUGGCCUCUACACCCAGCCCGUGGUCAUCCACAUAGAAGAUGUCCUGGUUCUCGUCGGACCAGCCAUCUCCAACAGUUACUUCGACCCUGAAAGAGAGAAAAGACUAUCCCGAGCGGCCAAAAGGAAAAUCCUUCAGGACUUAGAAGCUGAGAGCGAGAUCUUGAAAGGACCACAGAAUUUCUUCGAGAAUUUGUUCACGGCGAUCGUGAAUAAUAUCCAGAUAUACGUGAGAAAUGUCCACGUGAGGUAUGAGGACUCGAUCAGCUCGAAGGACGGGCCGUUGGCUGGUGGGCUGUGUCUGCAGAGUUUGUCCAUUGAGACUACUAAUAGCAAAUGGAAACCCUCAGUGACCCCUGCCAACGCGUCAACAGUAUACCAGAUGAUGCGCAUAGAGUCUCUGUCUUGGUACUGGAACCCGUCAGCAACAGUGCUCGACGACACGGAGACCGCUCACAUCACGCCCAUGCAGUAUUACAACUGGAAACAUUACAUGCUCACUGGCUUGGACAAGUUCUCCAUGCACCAUGAGGACUUCGAGUUCUUGCUAAAACCAGUGACAUGCAAAGUAAAGGUGCUGAUCAACCGGUCGGGCGAGGCGCGCGUGCCUCGUCUUCUGUUAGACGCGGUGCUACAGGACAGCGCCUUGCAGCUGUCUCGCCGGCAGUACCUGUCUGUGUGCAACCUCGCUGCUUCAUUCCACAGGAUUAAACUGAACAGGAAAUACCGCCACCUCCAUCCAGGCGUGCCUCUCUCAAAGGACAUAAAGAAAUGGUGGCGUUAUGCCUUCAACGUGGUCUUAGAGCAGCGAGUGAGACCGUACACCUGGGCGUCUAUACAGAAACAUAGAGAGAACUACAACAAAUAUAAGCAAACGUAUAAGAGCACUCUUAAAAGCCCUAAUGAUACUGAGUUGAAGCUGGACUUGCAGAAGUGUGAGGAUAGUCUCCCGAUUGUCUCGGUUGUCAUUGCAAGAGAGCACGCUAAGUUUGAACUUCUAUCCCAAGAGCCGGAGCGCAUUGAAGUGGUAGAAACAGAGUUCGACUGGUGGAACCCUGCGAGUUCAGACUCUGAAGGGGAGACAGAAGGAGACGGCAAGAGCCGCGUGGAACUGUGCGUCAAAACUGAGAGGAGCCGCAGCCUGUGGAGCCACCUGUCCAGUCCCGAGAAGAAGAGAGUCUGCGAGCUGAUCGGCUACGUGGAGGGCGCGCCCGCUACUGACAAGUCCAAGCAGUAUAUUGAGCACAAAAUAAACCUGACGUUAGCGAAUUGCUCGCUGACGCUGAUCAACCGCAGCAAGGAGGUGCUGGUUGUGACCCUCACUCAGUUCCUCGCCUCUUUGGAGACCAGACCCUCAGCAAAGGCAUAUAAGAUUUCAGCCCGAGCAGAGAGCAUAGUAAUAGAGGGCGUAUCGUCUGACGGCGAGCUGGUCCCGCUACUGACGGCGGAGCGCGGCGGCGCGCCCACCAGCACCAACCUGCUGGCGGUCGACGUGGAGAAGAACCCUCUAGGCAGUGAGGCGGACUAUGGACUGUGCUGGCUCAUGGAGCCCACAGAGCUCACUUAUAUUGAGCACUCAUUCACGGAGCUGAUAAACUUCUUCCAAACACACUCGAUGAGCAGCGCGGAGUUGUCAGAGGAACUGUCACACGCGGCGCAUAAAGCAGCUGUGGUGAGCAAGGCGGUGCUUGCCUACGCGCACAGCCGCCGCAAGGUGUUCCAGAUCAACGUGCACGUGAAGGGGCCGUGCGUGCGAGUGCCUGAACAUGGAUGUCUUACCAAGGGUGGCCGUGUUGUCGUGUUGGACAUCAGCCGUGUCGUUAUAAAGUCUGACCUGCAGCCGUCGAACCUGGUCUUGGAAGACGCGACGUGUAUGGAGUUAGAGGAACGCUUGUACGAUAGACUGCAUGCUGAGUGCACUUUCCAGAUACUGUUCUGUGACUGGACGGAGCCGUGGCGGGAGUCCCGCAAGCACGCAGACUCAGAGCUGCACCUGGUGCCUAAGAUCAAGAUGCAGGUCGUAUUCUCCAACAGCAUCAAGAAGGACUACAAGUUGUUGCCCAGAUACAAACUAAACAUAUCGCUCUCAUGUCUGAAACUCAACUUAUCGGAUCGCAUCAUCGGCCUGCUGCUGGACUUCAUAGACAACCUGCCUAUCCCGGUCCCGAACACUGUCCCGGUAUCGUUCAUGGACUCCGGGGAUUACGCCGAAGAGGAGGACCAGGAAACAAUGGAACUGCUCGGUCAGGACAAGAUAUCAGCUGAUCCGGGGUAUGGGGAGCUCGUGCAGCUGCGACAGAAGAUUGUUGCUGCGUAUCUUAGCAGAAAUAAAUCACCAGAAUCAACGUUCGACAAAGCAGGAGCCAAGCUAGGCUUCCAAGAAGCGGACCAGGUGUUCAUAUCAUCAGAGCAUAGUGACGAGGAUAUGGAGGUGUACGCUCGCUCGGUGGACCUCCCCGGGUUCGAUGAUAAUGUGUCACCUAGCAACAAUAUCAAUACGCUGCUUCGGUUUGUCGUUGGCGAGAUUGUAAUCAACCUAUCCCGCUCAAUCGAACAAAAGGAACGGCCGUAUAUAAUGCUGAACAUAAGCAAAGUGUGUCUGGACGUGGCUCUGAUGCAGUACGGGCCGGCUGUGCAGCUGUGCGUCAGCCAGGCGCUGCUCACGGACAAGCAGCACCACAGCAGCACGGGGCAGUACCUCGAGCUGCUCACCACCGACGGCGACCUCUUUAACUUGCUCUUCAGGAAGGUGCGCGCAGACUGCCCGGAGUUCAAAUCUCACUUCCACAGCGUGGAGCAGUCCUUGGUGGCGGACGCGGGGCCCAUCACCAUGCUGCUUCACGCGUCUGCCAUCAACAUGCUCUUCAAGUACCUCCAGUAUAUUGCUGACAAGAUACAAAACCGGCAUGACCUGAACAUCCGCGGGACGGUUCUCCCCAAAACGCGGACCCUGUGGCACUAUCUGAUGAAGCCUGAGGCUGACCCGCCCGUGCCGUCUGGAGCCACUAAGUUCAGCUACUCAGUCAGAUUAUCAUCGAUAACAAUGCGGCUGUGCCACCUGGACAGCUCGCUGGUGGAAGUGCGGCUGACGUCACUGGAGAGCGACUGCGUGUUCCGCGCCAACGACCGCAUGAUAUUCAAACUGUUCCUCGCGUCUUUACAGCUGGAUGACCUGCAAGAGGACACGCUCUAUCCUAAGCUGGUGUGGCCGGACGAAGACAAGGUGCUGGAGAUAAAGUACGUCCGCGCGGCGCCGCGUUACUACGGCGGCGAGCAGCGCAGUGUGAAGGCGCACGGUGAGCUGCGCGCGCAGCUGGCGCGCCUGCACGUCGUGCUGCUCUACUGCGUGCUGCACCACCUGCACCAAUUCCUAGAGCCGCUGAUACCUAGUAGCGUGGCGAUGGAGGCGGCGGUGGCUACGGAGCGUGCCGUGGAACGACAGGCGGAGGGACUGCGGACCUGGAGCGCGAGGCUCAACCUUGUCAUUGAGAUACACGCUCCCGUGCUAUUGCUGCCACAGAAACCCUCUUCACCUAACUUGUUGGUUUUUAAUAUGGGUGAUCUUCUAAUCGAGAACUUCUUCAAGCAAUUGAACUCUACGGAUGCAAGCAGCCCCAUACAGAGUCCCGUAAUAGACAAUAUCCUGGUCAAGUUGGAGAAUAUCACUAUAUCCCGAGCAGUUAUGACUCUCGCCGGGACGCUGGAAGUACAGGAACCAAUACUAGAGCCAGUCUCCCUCCGUUGCGACAUAAACCGCGCCGUGUCGUACCAACAAGCGCUCAGCAUGUCGUCACACCGCGAGCUGCUGCUGUGCUCGGCUGAUGUCAGCAUGGACGCCGUGGUCGUCAACCUGGGGCAGAAGGACCUCGCCACCGUGCUGGCCGUGUGGAGCGACAAUCUCAGCGAGGCGCACUAUAUCGGUAACAUAGUUCCGAGUUCGCCGACAGAGGCUCCUGCUGGAGAUACCUCUGUUAAGAAGCUGCAAGCGUUCUUCGCUCAAGGAGAACCUAUUAGGAAAGAAGUUGUUAUAAGGUUCACUUUAGAAGGCGUGGAGCUAAAACUCUUCUCGGACAUGGACGAGGUGUUAAGCUCUCCAGUGCGCGACCUGAACCACGGUCUAGCGCGCCUCACGGCUGGCGAGAGCUCAGUACAGCUGGACUACUAUUCUGACGGCAGCACCGAACUACGAGCCAGUCUGCAGAGUCUACUAGUUGAGGACAUCAGACCCGAUCCUGGGGUUGUUAUCAGACGGAUAUUCCAGUCGCAAGGCGGCGCUACCCGUUCCUCGGAGGUCAUAUCGGUGCGUCGCCCACCGCUCAUAGAUCUGACUGCUCGAGCUACGAGCGCGGCCAGGAGUUGUGACGUCAGAGUGGACCGGACCCGCUGGAACCUCGCGCUGCCGUUCCUGCUGCAACUUGCCAGGAGUUUGCUCGAUGCUAUGCCAGGAGACAAAAGCAUGGAAGGUGGCGUGGUUAAUCAUGGGUACGUGGGUGAGCUGAACACCAAGUCGGGCAAUAACAAUCGGCUGCCUAGUGAGGAUACUAGCGGCUACUACUCAGCAGCAACUUCAGUAGCAGAGGAAGCUCCAGGGCUGGCUAUCUCGGUGCAGUUCCGGCAGCCAGAAGUGAUGUUUUUCACCGACCUCACCAAGAGCGAGGCGCAUGCGUUGUUGUUGCGGACGGAACUGCUGAUCGACUAUUCCUAUCACUCCAACAAUGAGAGCUUGGUCGUGUCUCUAGCUGGAUUACAGGUCAUGUCCAAACUGCAAUCGAAGCUAAAGAACCUGCCUCCGCAGAUGGUUCUAAGGCCGUGCGACGUGGAAUUUUCUAGAACGUUCAAGAAUAACGACGAGGGUGUUAAGGUGAAGCUGUCAGUGUCCGACAUAGAAGUACAUUUGGCUGCGACUACUAUACACACUGUUAUGGACUUGAUAGAAGAAGUGUCUCUCGAACUAACAAUCCCAGAAGAAGAUAAACCAUACAACGCGACCCUCUACAACUUCAAACCGGAGAAGUAUGACGAAGAUCUGUGGUCUCCUAAGAAGAUCACGCCAUACGUGGUUCUAAACCCUGAAGAUAGCUACGUGCAGCCGAAGUACCCUGCUAUUGUCGCCACUGAAGCCUUCCACGUCGCUCUGCCGAAUGUCAAAGUUGUGUUUGAGUUGGAGCAUACUCAGAGAGUGCCUGUGCUUAUGGUGAAGAUGACCUCAGAGCUGUUGCUGAACGACUGGUCUCGUCAGCUACACGGGUCAGGUUCUCUAUCAAUCCAAGCGGCCUGCUACAACGACCGGCUGGACAGCUGGGAGCCGCUGCUGGAGCCCACGCUGUGCCGGGAGAACGUGCACAAGCCCUGGGAGAUCACCGCCACGCUGUUCCAGUCAAAAGCGUACCAAAUGUCGUCACGGUUAGACACGACCACCAACGAAACGAACCAAGAGCCGACGGCGGACCCCAAAAAAACUAAAAAACGGAAUGAAUUCGAAUCUGAAACCUCUGCAGAAGAAGGAGACACGGACAAUGAGAUGACGUUUAUAAGGAACCCUAACGGGAGAGAGAGUAAGGGAGAUAUCUCAGGAGGAAUGGCUUUUCUUACAGCUUUGGACGGAGAUGAUUCGGACUCUGAAAACGAGAACGGACUUAUGGAUAAACUUGCGACGGCUAUAGGUCAUCUGUUCACUGAUGAUUCAAGUGCCGAAGAAAUAAGUAACGACGAGGACUCUUCAGCCCCGGAACAGAGUGAAGCAGAGGAGAGUGAGAGAGAAGACAACGACAAGAUCGUCACGUUUAUAGAUGGCUCGCCGUCUAAGAGCAAGCGGGACGGAGAACCAAAGACUGUUACUUUGCAGGACCCAGUCCACGAAGACAGCACGGACUCAGGUCUUGACACGAGCUUCACGGAGCGCAUGUGCACGUAUGUCAUGCUUGAAGGCGCCUCGCAGCUGGCCAUCACCGUGUCUCCGGCGGCCGCGAGGGUGUUGCUGGCACUAGCGACGCUGAGCACAGACCGCACCAAGCUGGUCUCUGCUAUUGUGUCGGCGCAUGAACCACUGCUCAUGGUCAACGAUAUAGGGCCCGGAUCCACAGUGCAACUGAAGACCCGAGCUGAGACGGACCUGGCUGGCAACGAUAAGAUACUGGCUACAGCUGACUACGAUGUGGACACAAGCAGACCUAGCACGCCGGGUUGCGAUACAUCAUCCGCAGAUCUCCUGGACGAUGUGAAGGAAGCUAAAUAUGAAAUGGCAGAUGUCAGCGAUGACUGGGAUUGCUUCGAGGGCGGAUUCCCAGCGGGCGCGAUGUCGCCUCCACAGGCGGUGGGCAGCGCUUCCCCACAAGCGCCGCCGCCGGUCGCCGAGCUGUACCGACGAUAUACUGAUGAGACCCUUACUGUGAAACUGGCUGACUUCGACCCUCUUACAAUCCUCUGCCCUCAGCGCACGGUAUCGAAGCUACACGUUCUACACCCGAGCAGGAACGGCACGCGGUACUACAUCGUCGUGGAGCGAACUUCAAAAUACAACUCCAGGAAGAUCGUCGUCAGAUCGCCUUUACAGAUCCGCAACGAGACCUCCUACGCUCUCGAACUGUACUACAAGAAGACAGACUUACUCAGCGUAGGCGCCGAGCUGAUCGGCUGCGUGUCCAACCCGUUUGAAGACAAGAUGCGUCUAGCCGUGAUCGCGCCGCAAGACACUUACAACGUGCCGCUCUAUAUCGCCUACCACUGCAAGCUGUUCCUACUGCCUUAUAACUUUGAGAGUCUUCAAACAGCAACGCAGGGGAUAUGGUGGAUGGAGCUGGCGAACGACCUUGGCACUCCUCGAGACAUGAUCUGUCCAUCCAAGUCCGAUGACGAUGACAGAAUAUUCGCCUUGAGGAUACUUACUGAAGAAGGCUGCCAAUCCCACAAAGUAACUCGCGCGAUACCCAACUACCUGAUCCGGGUAGUACCACCUCUGGCUAUCUACAAUCGCUUACCUUACGGGAUGGAGUUAUCCCGGGCGGGGCCUACAGCACCGACUACUGGGUCGACUACGACAGACGCGACUACAGGCCUGCUAGCUGCGGAUAAUCUGUGGCGCGCACGAGUGGAGGCGGGAGAACGCACUCACACGCACUCGCUGAGACUGUGUACGCCGCAUAGACUGACGCUCGAUAUGCACUACAUGGGGCUACCAUGGACAGGAAGCUUUACUUUAUCGCCUGACCUGACAGAGAAGAGUGUGAGCAUGGUGACAGAUUGUGACACCGACGGCGGGAACAAGCAGCUAGGCGUGUGUGUGCGCGUCGAGAGAAACGAUUGUUGGCAGCUAUACGUGUUCGCACCCUACUGGUUCAUUAACAAGACCGGUCUACCGCUGCAGAUGAAGGCGCGUCACUCGGAGACGUGCUUCGAGGUGACGGACGAGCCGCUGCUGUGGGCGGGCGGCGGGGCGCGCGGGACGCGCGGGUGCCGCGAGCGCGUGCGGCUGCGCGCGCACCAGUCGCAGUGGUCGCGCGCCGCGCGCCCCGCCGCCGCCGCGCCCGGCCUCGUGGUCUGCGCGCACACCGAGCGCCGCACCAACUACAGGCUGCUCAUGGAUGUGACCUUAUCCGAACUAUGUCCGCAACUAACCAAGAUCGUCACCCUUCUACCAUAUUUCCUGGUCUUCAAUGACACCAGAAGACAUCUGCGCUUCAUGGAACAGAACGAGGCUGCAGACUUAUGGAUAGAUCUAGCCCCACAGCAGUGCACAGCGUUCUGGCCACAAACAGACUCGAUGUGCAUGCACUGCAAGUACCGCGACUCAGGCGUCGUGUCGCAACACUUCCCCAUCACGCAGAACCAUCACACCGUGCUCAGGAUGGACCGAGGAUCAGCAAUAUGCGUGGAGGUGACCGGCGGCACGGACCGGCCGUUCACGGUCACGUUCAAGCCGUUCACAGCGGGCGACGCGCCCGUGCGCAUCGACAACCUGUGUGACGACCUGUUCCUGAAGCUGCAUCAGCAAGAGUCAGGGCAGGUGGCGUUGCUCAGUCCUUAUCAGUCAAUGCUGUAUACGUGGGAUGACCCGGCGAAGGAACGCAAGUUACUGUGGAAUAUUUACAACAAUAAGGGGAAGGGAUACGUCGCCGACUUCAAUCAGGAUGGUUACGGUGAAGAAAAAGUGAGCUUCCAUUCCGUAAAGCAUUCCACCCUGAUAGCGCCAAGCAGUGUGACGUCCAAGCUGUCUUCUACCCUCAAACGACUGACCCCUAAGUCCCCGGAACCAUGCUCCUCCAGUAGCGAUGACUCUGACAGUUCUGAACUACCUGACAACCAUUCGAAGAACAAAAAGAUGAGGAAGGAUAAGGUGAUAGUGUACUGGAUAUCAUACAUGGAUGGGUACCAAAGAGUAUUCGCUCUAGCCCAAGAUGAAAGGAUCGCCUACCAGUACAGAAUGAGAAUCAACGCGGAACGAAGUAAUUAUGAAGUAUACUUGUCCUUGGCAGAGGUAAGUUUGUCUGUAUGUGUCCAAACGCAGACAGGAGUAAGAGAAUUGGCAUAUGUCAGUGUAACAGACUCCUUGCCUCGUUGGGAGGUCAAUGUAUCCCACAAAUGGAAACUCCUCUCCCCCGACCUAACUGCGUGGAUCGAAGACAAAUACCAGAAAGAAGAGAAAAAGUGCAACUUGAAAGAAUACAUACAUAUCGAUUUAGAAAAGAUGCAGAUGACCAAACCGUUCUUCUCGGAGUUACGGAGAACGUACAAUCCUGGCGUAUGGAUGCAACUCCGAAAGUCCAAUACGUAUACGUACUGUCACCUGAAGCUUCAGAGACUGCAAAUUGACAAUCAGCUGAGCGAAGCUGUGUUCCCGAGUGUACUGUACCCAGCUCCCUUACCAACCAACGUGAGAGCUGAUAGAGAACUCAAACCGUGCAUUGAAGUCGUCGCUCUAAAGCAGUACCGACCGUCUUUAAACCAAGACGUUUACAAAUAUCUGAAAGUGCUAAUCCAAGAAUUUUGCGUGAACUUAGAUAGAGGAUUUGUGAACUACGUUUUCGAUAUACUGAACCAUUGGAAGAUUGAGGAAAAACCGGCUGUGCGGUUAAGAGCAGAUUUGGCAUUGAUCCACAUGCCUUUACCGAUUCUGGCGAUCAAAAGCCAGAUGAUAGCAAAGAGGAAUGUGCUUAUGGAAUACGUACACUUGUCGCCUAUAAAAGUGGUGCUAAGUUUGUCGUCAAGGGGAUAUUCGGCUGAGACGACGAAUAGUCCAGGCAAAACACGUUUUGGGAAUAAGAAGGAGAAUCGGCCUAAACUCUUUAACAGCGAUCUGUUAGAAUAUUUAUUCAAUUCCUGGGGAUCCUCGCUUUGUGAUAUGAAGGAUGUUGUUAUCAGAAUGGCUUACCUAGAACUGCGCAACGCCCCGAUCACGUCCUCGUCCCUGCUGGAACUGGCGUCGCGACACUACUGGACGCAGCUGGUGCAGCAGUUCUACGUGCUGGUGCUGGGCCUCAACAUCCUCGGGAACCCGUACAGCGUUGUCGGGGACUUCUCGCGCGGCAUGAGGCAAUACUACGAGCCGCAUCUAGGCACGAUGAGUUCCCGCAAGCCGGAGGACUUCGCGUACCGGCUUGGCUACGGCGCGGCGCGGCUGCUGGGCCACUGCGCAUGCGGGGCCGCCGCCGCCGCCGCCAUGUUUGAUGACGCGCCGCCGCGUACGCCCGCAAGAAAGAGAGGUGAGGGUGUGCUGAGUAACGACCUGCCCUCCGCGCUGGUGGAGGCCGACAGGCACAACGCGGCCAGCGUCGCGCUUGCUCUGCAAGGACUAAUCGCCAGGCCGACCUUCGACGUAUGCAGAGAGGCGGCGCGUGCGGCGAUGUCGCGUCAACUCGGGGCUGACAGCGCAGACGCGGCUUUGAAGGCUUGCAUAGAGAGGAGUGGGGGACGCCUGGUGGCCAGGAGACGACUGCCCAGGCAUUGUCCGGCUACUGAGGGCAUCCGUCCUUACUCGGCGCACGCGGCGCUGGGCGUGCAGCUGCUGGCGCUGGUGGCGCGCGGCCACUACGCCGACACCGACGCCUACCUGGCGCACGCGCACCUCGCGCCGCACGCCGCCAACAUCUUGCUACUCACCACGCAACAUAUCUUCAUGGUGCGCGCCAUUGGCAGCAACUCGUGGCACGCGGAGUGGGUGGUGAGACUAGACGACCUGGUGGCUGUACCCACCAUUCGGGAUGACAAGCUAAUACUUGUUGUUAAACAGGACGAGCUAGUAAACUAUUUCGCGACGGAUGAGAAGGCGAUAGAAGUACCAGACCCGGAGGUGCGUGCGUGGCUGCAGGCUAAGAUAGAGUGCGCGCUCAUUCUUGCGCUGGAAGACAAACGAGUGCCCACCGAGGAUAAGGUUUAGAAAAGAAUAUUAUAAUUAAGCGGGAAUAUUGACAAGAUUUUAUGGUUAUGUUCCCUUCUGCCAGAGAUUUUUGAAUUGCCAAAAUAUGGCUAUUAGUCUAUUUUUAAUUUAUCUAUAUUUUCCAGACACAGUCGUGAAAAAGAAUAUUGCGACUUACGUUCUUACCUAUAUGUUCUACUGACAAAAAUCCAUACAUGAGCGACUCCACUCUAUUUUCUGUUCUUCAUGUGUCAAUGACAUUUCCUUUAGAAACCGAUUCUUCUUAAAAGGUAAGGUUUUACUCGGACCUGUUCUCAUAUUUUGGGGUGUUUUUGUUUGAUUAAGAUUUAAUUAUAAAUCCCGUAUCAAAUGUGAAAUCUUGUCAAUAGUUUCUAGGUGAGCCAAAUGUGUAAUUAAGCAGAUUUGGAUCUGUUCCUGCGUUUCUCGUUACUUUGAAGAUGAAAUGAUGAAUCUGAUGUUCUAAUUCUACAUAAGUAAAUACAUAAAUUCACGCCUAUUUCCCACCAGGAUAAGUAGAAAUUAUGGAAUUCCAUUUGCUCCGAUCCUGACACACUUCUCUUGCUUCCUCCACAUUCAUCAAUCGUUUCAUACACGCAUGCCGGUUCAGAGUUGAUCGUACUGAACCUUUUCAAAGGACAUCUCCAAUUCGGUGACUGUACGUCCUUCUAGGUCUUCCUCUGCCAGCCCUACCACCAACCGUCGCAUUAUAAUAAAUCGCUUUUGUAAUCCUGUUACCCCUCAUCCGCUCUCCGUGUCCAAACCAACUAAACAUUUUCUUUCCCAUUUUCAUGUUCUAUUUCUAACUAUAAAAUGAUACAAACGUCAAAACGGACAUCAUAGCGUGUCGCUAAUUUAUUUCGCAUCAUUCAAAUGACGGAUCCGAAAUGUUUUUUCUGAGUGAUUUUCUACUAUCCCUCAUUCCCGGAUUCGGAUCGCAUGUAGUGUGAAAACGCCCUUACUCAAACAUUGCCGAAAAAGCCAGCCAAUAACGGUAAGAUGUUACCUCAAUGUACAUUGGACUUUACUCUCUUUGACUAAUUAUGGAUAUGUACGGAAACAGUAUUCGAGGCUGAAACGAUAACGCACGAAACAGGAACCUAGUAUAAAAACUGUUAAUGUUUCAAUAAUAAAACUAACUAUACCUCAUUAACUAUAGUUUGAUUAGAAUGACACCAUGGCAGAGAUAGUAUACAUAUUGGCAACACCCCACGGCUACGCAAGCCGUGGUUCAUAAUGAUUUAACUAUUUCAUAGAUUUUUUAUAUAAAAAGUCAAAAUAACGUCCCAAGACACCAAAAACUAACACAAUUUUUUGUUUGGUAUCCAGCUGGCUACCUAGCCUACCUACAAUGUCUCAAAAGUGGACACUGACUUUCUAGAUAGUGAUGUUUGUCUAGGUUUAUUUAAAUUUUUUUCAUACAGAAUGUUACCAUGCAAGAUAGAGAGCUGUGAUAGUUUCAUUGUCAUUCUAAAAUAUUAUAUGUCCGUUCUAAUACUUAGUCCUUGGACUCAAAUUAGCUGUGUUUCUUUCUUGCACUUACUGUAUGUUAAGGACGGCACUAAUUUAAGAGCUGUCAAACUAAACUUUGAAUGUUUUUGAACGGCCUCCGUGGUCCAGUGGUUGAGAGUUGGGCUCACGAUCCGGAGGUCCCGGGUUCGAAUCCCGGUGGGGACAUAUCACAAAAUCACUUUGUGAUCCCUAGUUUGGUUAGGACAUUACAGGCUCACCUGAUUGUCCAAAAAGUAAGACAGUCCGUGCUUCGGAAGGCAUGUUAAGCCGUUGGUCCCGGUUACUACUUACUGAUGUAAGUAAGUAGUCGUCACAUGAGCCAUGUCAGGGGUCUUUGGCGGCUCAAUAAUAACCCUGACACCAGGGCUAAUGAGGUUGGUAAUUCACCUUACAACCCACACGAUAGAAGAUUUUUUUUGUGUCCGACCAAAUAGUCACCAAUAUCCCAUCUCGUUUUUAGACAUAUCUCUCGUCUAUUUCACACUAAGGGUGAGUGCUAUAUCUCUGUCUUCCUGUCAUUCUACUCAAGCAAUAUUUAAUAAACUAUAAUGAUGUAAUUUAAGAUCUAAAUGUUCAGUUUUACAUGUUUAUAAUGUUGGUAAGAUGUUUGGCGUAUCAGCCAUUGUGAACCAGCGUAUUUCGGUUCGUUACUAAAUGUCGCAACGACUUUAGCUAAAGGGAGAUAUUAGAUUUCGGCCCAGCGCACUGAAAACUCGGGUUUUUGGUAAGUCUAUCUUGUCGUUUGAGAUAGCUUAAAAUAUUGGCAAGAGUUGCUAUUUUUUUCCAUUAAUUUCCAGAGCCGUGGUAGCCCAGUUGCCUAUCACUUUGAGGUCGCAGGUUCGAAACCCAGCACAGGCCUAAACCAAUGUAUGUCGAAUUUAUUUUCGAAUUCAUGUUUAAAUGAUUAUCACGUGCUCAGCGGUGAAGGAAAACAUCGUUAGGAAACCGACAUUCUCGAGAAAUGCAUUUUCGGAGGUAUGUGACCUAACCUCUAUUGGGCUGGUUUUCCCUUCGCGAGUUUGAAGGUCAGCCUUUUUGAAAUGAGAUAGGUACCUAUUUCUUAACGAAGUUGUUAUGAGUAUUGAGCGCUGGGCCCUGGUGACAACAUAAUUGUUUAUUCACAUACUUUGCCUAAAACACUUUAGUUAGGUAAAAUAUUUAGUUAAUUUAUUAUUAUUAUACUUUAAACUCAACCUAGUCAUUACUAAUCAUUAAGAUUAACUCGCUUCUAUCUCUCUUAGGAGAAGGCAUAUAAGUUUCUAAUCUUAAAAAAAUAAUGAUUUGUUUUCAGACGUAAGACGAAAGUACGCACAAAAUCGGAUUGUUAUUUUCUUAUCAGCGUUUUCUAAAGUUUUGCAUCCAGUUGAACUAUUUUGAUUUGAACAUAAUAUGUCCGCAUUUCUAUGGGAAUCAACAAGCGAGAAAUCUGACGCGAUCUCCCGACCCAGCUGGAAAUCAAUAUGUUGUUGUUAUUUUAAUUACUGUUAUUUAUAAACGAAUAAGUGUUUAGCGUGCUUUUCAGGGUACUUGUAAGUUCAACUUGUAAGUUCUUUUAAAUAAGUAGUUACUUUACUAUCAAUUUCAUGGUCUUUUCGAAGAUCUAACUACCUAUCACUUAUACGUGUCGAGUUAUUGUAGAAAAUUUAUAUUGCAUUCGCAUUUUAUACAAAAGCGGAAUGCUUAAUCGCUUUACGGAUUUCCAAGAGAUCUCAAAUUAAGGUAUGUACUUAUUGAAAACAGUGCAAUUAUAGACAUUGCCUCAUGUAACACAUUUGUAUUCAACGUUGCAUAUUUUCUGAAACGCAUUUACGUGUGUACCUAUAUUAUUUAUUGUAUGGUUGAUGUCUAUGCUAUUCUCUUACUACAGCGGUCACUGAGCGAAAAUUCGUAGAUAAAUGCGGCUCACCACCUAUCACGUUGGUCUAACAGAAAACUCAAUGAGGUGUGGGUACCUACUUAGUUCAUCUUGCGUUGGAUGUAUUAAAAUGUCGCGAGCUUGUGUUAUGUUAAAUGCUAAAAUGUGCUUUUUUUUGACGUGACUUAUUGUAAAUUUGCCUACUUGGCCAGACAAAUGGGGAGCGCUGAAGGCUCUCACCCGGUACAACGUUUACGACAACAAGCCUGAGGGUGCCCAGUUGGGGGUAAAAUGUGCCUAAACACUCAAACAUACAGUUGAUAUGGCAUCGCACCGCGCUGCCUCAAAAGACAGCCGAAGGCCCGACGCUACCAGAAUGCCCAUAGGAACGAUAUUAGGUAAAUAACGCGCGCAAAGCAAGCAAGUACCUAUACAUGGAGUGACGGAGCACUGAUACUUAUAUAGAUUCGGGCAACCACAAACAUAAUUUAACAGCAGGACUAAAACUAGCUCUAUCCCUUUCCUGCCCGUAUUGUAUUUGAAGGACGGCAAAUGAAGAUAGUUCCUUCGUCCUUUGACAGUUCUUACUGUCAAAGUUAAAUUAGGUUGUUUGUGUCCGCCCGAAUUAGCUACCUACAUUACACGCAAAUUAUAAGAUUCUAAAGUUGCUGUUCUCUUACUGUACACUAUUUAGAUACAAGAUUUUUUUGUGAAUGUCUGUGAGAAAUUAAUAAAUACUUACUUUCGCAGACGAACAUUCGCUCAGUCAUCGCUGUAAUUUAGUAGUUAGUUUGUUCAUGGUAACAAUAUGUUUGUCCAAGACAACUAUUUUGCUGUUUAUGAUAGGAUUCGACAUUAUGUUGAUGUAUGUUCCUUACAUUAGUAUAAUUCUGUUAUCUGUUAGAUUAAUUAUUUGUUGCCAUUAGGGCCAACGCAGAUGUCGGAAAACCGCGAAGGGUUACUACUUCGUCAGUCAAAAGGGGAUAUUUAGUUAGUGGGCUCUGUUUUCCGCAUU